AUGGCGCUCCCGACACCGACUAUCGAUCUCCUCCUAAACCUCAUCGACACGCGCCCCCAGUCCAUCCUUCAGUCGCUUGCUCAACACCCCCAGCUUGCCUCAGCCCGCGAUGCGCACGGCUACUCGCUCGUCCACGCCGCCGCCUCGUACAACCAGCUCAGCGUCUUGCGCGAGCUGGUCCAGAAGUACUCGGUAGACGUCAACCUCCUCGACGAAGACGGUGAAACUGCACUGUUUGCGACAGAGAGCACAGAUGUUGCAAAAUGCCUAGUCGAAGAGCUGGGCGCCGACGUGAGCAUCAGGAAUGCAGAGGGCAGGACGGCAGAGGAGAAGAUUGGGGAAGAGGAAGGCGAGGGGCAUGAGGUCUAUCAGUUCUUAAUGGCCUUGAGGACGGAUGGUGAGCCCGCGAGUGCUGGAACGUUAGCCACGAAUGGUGUGCAUCCUCCUCCUCCUCCACUACCACUGCCAAACGGCGUGCAGAUCAACAUGGGAACCAUGGCAGAGGAUGCUGUUGGCGAGGCGCCCGAUCCAGAGAUCAGGCGAAGGAUAGAUGAGCUGGCGGCACGAGAAGAUUUCCAAACGGACGAAGUGCAGCAGCAAUUGAGGGAGCUCAUCCAAGAAGUCGUCACGGGUAUGGGUGCGGAGCAGGGCGAGCGGAACGUGAGGCAGAGGACGGAUUAA